AUGCCAACGCACAACCGCCGUCAACGUGUCCACGAUGCCAACGGACAUUCCAGGCACGAAUUGGACUUGUUGGACACCUUCGGACCAACUGCAUCACACAGACUGCGCCAAUCGUCGUCUAUCCGUCCACUUCUCCCUCGCCUCCCACGCCAUAAACUAACGUUGACCGCCUCCCCCGAACCACCACUUCCAUCCUCCUCCUCCUCCUCCUCCUCCUCCUCCUCCUCCUUUCCUACUGCCUCAACGUCUGCCGCUGUGGCGUCUGCCACGCACACCAACAUUAAACACAAUCCUGACACGCCAACAAACACCAACACCACCACCGUCCAUACCAGUGGUGAGCAUCUGGUCAAUACUUGUCCUAAUUGUGACCGCACCUUCACCUCACACAUCGGUCUGGUCGGUAACUUGCGAAUUCAUCGCACAGAGACUGGAGAUUCAGUGCCUGAAGCACCAACCUACACUCGCGACAUCCGUCUCCACAGUCUGCACUGUCCUUGCACAUUUAUUCACCGCAUGGUUCUAUUAGGCCACAUGCGCGUUUACGCAAACCCGCGGUAG